AUGUAUAAUGGGAUCCUUUUCUAUCAGAUAGGAAGGGCUGUAGCACAAAAUGUACUUCUAAGUAAUUGCCCCAUAGAUCCUAUAUCUAUCUAUAUGAAGAAUAAAUCAUGUAACGAAGGGGAUUCUUAUUUGUACAAAUGGUACUUCGAACUUGGAACGAGCAUGAAGAAAUUAACGAUACUUCUUUAUCUUUUGAGUUGUUCUGCCGGAUCGGUCGCUCAAGAUCUUUGGUCUCUACCCGGACCCGAUGAAAAAAAUGGGAUCACUUCUUAUGGACUCGUUGAGAAUGAUUCGGAUCUAGUUCAUGGCCUAUUAGAAGUAGAAGGCACUCUGGUGGGAUCUUCACGGACAGAAAAAGAUUGCAGUCCGUUUGAUAAUGAUCGAGUUACAUUGCUUCUUCGGCCCGAACCGAGGAAUCCCUUAGAUAUGAUGCAAAACGGAUCUUGUUCUAUCUUUGAUCAGAGAUUUCUCUAUGAAAAAUACGAAUCGGAGUUUGAAGAAGGGGAGAGGCAAGGAGCCCUUGAUUGUAUCGAAAGGCCCAAUGAAUUGGGAUUUCCCUAUUGGUCCAGGUCAUUUCGGGGCAAGCGGAUCAUUUAUGAUGAAGAGGAUGAGCUUCAAGAGAAUGGUUCGGAGUUCUUGCAGAGUGGAACCAUGCAGUACCAGACACGAGAUAGAUCUUCCAAAGAACAAGGCCUUUUUCGAAUAAGCCAAUUCAUUUGGGACCCUGCAGAUCCGCUCUUUUUCCUAUUCAAAGAUCAGCCCCCUGGCUCUGUGUUUUCACAUCGAGAAUUAUUUGCAGAUGAAGAGAUGUCAAAGGGGCUUCUUACUUCCCAAAUGGAUCCUCCUACAUCUAUAUAUAAACGCUGGUUUAUCAAGAAUACACAAGAAAAGCACUUCGAAUUGUUGAUUAAUCGUCAGAGAUGGCUUAGAACCAAUAGUUCAUUAUCUAAUGGAUCUUUCCGUUCUAAUACUCUAUCCGAGAGUUAUCAGUAUUUAUCAACUCUGUUCCUAUCUAAUCAUUUUACAAUAUCAUAA